CAUCUUCUGUGGCUGGGCUUGCUGGUCUCUGCACCAUGAGAAACAGGUAUCUAAGUCUGCUUUCAGGACUCUUGGUGCUGCUGCUGUUUCCAAUGGGACCUACAGCCCAGAACAGUAAAGCCUGUGUUCUGCGGUGCCCUCCGAAAUCCUCAUGUGUCAAUGGCAACGCCUGCCGCUGUGAUCCAGGAUUCAUUACUUCUUCUGGGGAGAUCUUCACGGACCCCUUGGAGAGCUGUGAUGACAUCAAUGAGUGUGGGCCACCCUCACUAGUGUACUGUGGAAGUUCAGCAGACUGCCAGAACACAGAAGGGGGAUACCACUGCACAUGCCUCCCAGGAUUUGAGCCUACUUCUGGGGCAACAAUAUUCCAGAAUGAGAGUGAGAACACAUGUCAAGACAUGGACGAAUGUCAGCACAGACCCAGAGUCUGUAAAGGCCGCAGCAUCUGCAUCAACACCAAGGGCGGUUACACCUGCCAGUGCCCACCCGGCUUGCAGUUCAACCCAAAUGACCCAAGGAAUUGCACAGAUGUGAAUGAAUGCACCUCUGGGAGAAAGCCAUGCCACAGCUCCACCCACUGCCUCAACUUCAUGGGCAGCUUUGAGUCGUGCUACCCCAGCUGGAAACCUAUCCCUGGGUCCCCCAGUGGCCCAAACAACACAGUCUGUGAAGAUGUGGACGAGUGCAGCUCUGGGAAGCAUCGUUGUCACAAGUCCACCGUCUGCGUCAACACUGUGGGUUCAUACACGUGCCACUGCCGCCAAGGCUGGGUGCCCAAACCUGGAUUCAGGCAUGAGGAAAUGACCACCAUCUGCGAAGAGAUCCCCUUCCCCACCUGGACUGCUCCCCCUGGAAUCAAGAGCCAGGCGCUCUCUCACUUCUUUAAAAGAAUCCAGGAUCUGGGCAGAAACUUCAGUUCGGCCUCUGUCCUGAACACUGUUCGGGUCCUUGUACAGGAGAUGAGUGAUCUGCUGGAGACCCCCGGGGACCUGAAAACCCUGACCUUAUCAGAGCAGCACUUUGCAGUCACUAACCUGCUCUUUGGCCUGGAAAAUGUCCUGAGAGGGGUGAGCAAGGCAUUGCCUGAAGGGUCAUGGAACUUCAGUUCAUCUGCAGGCAUGGAAGUGUCACUGGAGGUGCAGGCACCAAGCUACAGGAAUAUCACCUUGAUUCAGAAUCGGACAGAGAUGAUGCUGACCUGGGAUACAGUGCAUGAUUCUGGUGAUUCAGGUCUUGCUGUGGUGGGCCUCCUGUCCACUCCAUGGAUGCGCAGAUUCCUGGCUGAAGCCCCUCUGGUCCUGGAUGCUGAGGAACUGACAACUCUACAUGAGACGCACAGGGGUUUGCUGCAGGAAACCUCCCACAUCCUGCUUUCAGAUGUCAUAUCUGCCUUUAUCACCAACAAGGACACUGAGAACCUCAGGUUCCCAGUCAACUUUGUCUUCCAACAUGUGAGUCCAGUGACCCCUGGGCCAAGAGAGAAAGUGCACUGUGUUUACUGGGAGCGUGGCCAGAAUGGAAGUGGUCACUGGGACACCAGAGGCUGCUGGGUGACCAGCACCAGAGACAACACCACCACCUGCCAGUGCACCCACCUCAGCAUCUUUGCCAUCCUCAUGGCCCACUACAGUGUCCAGGAGAAGGAUCCCGCACUGACCGUGAUCACCUACGUGGGGCUCAGCCUCUCUCUGCUGUGCCUCCUCCUGGCGGCCCUCACCUUCCUGCUGUGCAAAGCCAUCCAGAACACCAGCACCUCGCUCCACCUGCAGCUCUCGCUCUGCCUCUUCCUGGCCCACCUGCUCUUCCUCACAGCCAUCGACAGAACUGAGAACAAGGUGCUGUGCGCCAUCAUCGCAGGCGCCUUACACUAUCUCUACCUGGCCUCCUUCACCUGGAUGCUGCUGGUGGGCCUGCACCUCUUCCUCUCUGCACGCAACCUGACGGUGGUCAACUACUCCAGUGUCAACAGGUUCAUGAAGAAGGCCAUGUUCCCUGUCGGCUACGGAGUCCCGGCUGUGAUUGUGGCCAUUUCUGCAGCAUCCAGGCCUCAUCUUUAUGGAACAUCCACCAGUUGCUGGCUCCACUCAGAAAAGGGAUUUAAAUGGGGUUUCCUUGGACCAGUCUGUGCCAUCUUCUCUGUCAAUUUAGCUUUCUUUCUGAUGACCCUUUGGAUUUUGAAAAGCAAACUUUGUUCCCUCAACAGUGAGGUGUCCACCCUCCAGAACAUGAGGAUGCUGACAUUUAAAGCCACAGCUCAGCUCUUCAUCUUGGGAUGCACGUGGUGUCUGGGAAUCCUGCAGGUGGGACCGGCUGCCCACGUCAUGUCCUAUCUCUUCACCAUCAUCAACAGCCUGCAGGGUGUCUUCAUCUUCCUGGUGCACUGCCUCCUCAGCCAGCAGGUCCGUGAGCAAUACAGGAACUGGUUGAAAAGGAUCAAGAAAACCAAAGCCGAAUCUGAGAAGUACACGCUCUCCAGCAGGAUCAUGUCUGAUGGCUGCAAACACAGUGAGGAGACUUAAAUUAACGACUAAAUCAGAUGAUCUUCUAUCCUGGUCGGCAAGGAAAAUUGAACCGUCAUCUUUGGGAAAACUUUUAAAAUAUCUUUUCAUGUUUGUUACAGGAACUCCUCACAGAACCAUUGUGUAAGGAAGUAUGAUGGGAAUUCUUGAUAUUUAGAUUGCUGGGAGAAUUUUGCUUUUACUCCAUAUGGUAUGCUCACCUCACUCUCAGCAUAGUCAAAGGGCUCUGAUGCAAUUCCUCAGUUGCCUUAGAUUAAAUCACCUGCUUCAACCUUUUUCUACAAAGUUCCUCAAGUUUGUAGGUAUAUGAAGAUAUUUGAAGGUAUGUGAUAAGGAAAACAAACUUCAGAAAACUGUCUUAAAAUACCAUAAGACAGGAAAGUAAGGUUUAAACACCUACAUGGAGGGUAAACAAUUGCUAUGAUGUCCCAAAUUUUUCCUGGAUUUUGUCCUAAAAACA